AUGCGCAAUGAACCCUCCCAGGGCCUCCAUCCAUCUCGUUCCGAAUCCAUAAUACACCCACGCCUGUGCUUCGACGAUGUCGCCUGGGAGAAACGCGAAGCGGUCGCCGAUGGAAGGGUCCGCCAGUACUCUAAACCUGAAAUCCUCCAAGACGUUGGUCAAUUCUUGGUCAGGCACCAUCGUCCCGGUGAUGCUAAUAUCUCUUUCCAGAUGAGAUAUGAGAAUGCAAACACCGCCAUAAUAAGGUUUCCUCAGCCCCGUGCCACUCUGUUUCCUGAAGAGAAAGUCAGCAAUGAAUGUCAUUCACUAUUAUGGCCUUCAUUGAACAAACAUGAUACCAAAAUGUAUGAUGCUCUUAAUGCACCGGAGUGCCCAAAGGAAGCAUGUGGCAUGCUUGAUCCACAUGUCAAUGAAGCAAAACUAGAGGCUAUCUUCAGCGAAGCCACAAGUAGAUUGCUCCAGCUUUCUCGACCAUCUCUACCCUGGAUAGGCUCACUCAACCAGGUUGACGAUUUUACAUGGGAAGUUACGAAAAGACCUUUGUCGAUGGCUAUGAAUACUCUGAUUCAGCUGAGGUCCUUACCCCAGUCGAAAUUAUUAACCACGAUAUUCGACACCACGUCCUCAUGCUUUGAGUUGCUAGCGGAGCUGCACAUCGCGCACCUUGUGAACCAGCACGACGAUGCAGUUGACUCGGCCGACGAUUGUCGGCGCAAGAUUGUUGCUCGCUACCUUUUCCGCAAACCCGCACGAGAAUGUCGCUUAACCCAGAGGUUGGCAUGCUUCGACAAGGGCCCCUUCAAAAUUUGGUGUGAUGACUUCCGCCCAGCUAACAUCCUCAUGAAUGAAGAGCUGAAGAUUGUGGUGGGAUUCUCCUUUGCGCCACCUUGGUGGCUUUUAAUUGAAAAGCCUGAAUACUGGCCUCGUGGCCUGGAUGACUGGUGUCAUGAGUAUGAAAGACGCCUUCAGACCUUUCUGGGUGCAACGAGAUAUAAAGAGGACAAGUUGAUUGGACAGGGCUCGCUAAAGAGUACGCAGCGGCUCUCUGAUAUGAUGCAACAUAGUUGGGAGAGUGGAGACUUUUGGAUUGCCUCUGCGGCAAGAAAUAACUUUGCCUUUGACCUGAAUUGGAAGCAGACACUUGAUUUCUUGGGGCCGGACGAGAGGGUCGAGAUCGAAAGAUUUCUGGCGACGAAGCUUGGAGAAAUGAAGACACGGGAGUUGGCUUGGGACCCGGACGAUUACACCAAAGACGCUAUGGAGAAAGUCUUUGGAGAUAACCCAGCUAAGGGGGAUGAGGACGGUGGGAUUCGAAAUGGCACAAAUGGCGAUGAUGAAAUGGCUCGGAUAAGCUAG